CUUACUUUUGAGACAGGAAAUAAACAGGAAAGUGAUGGUUUUCAGUAUGAAGUUACUAAUUAUGACUGUGCUAUUUUACUAUGGGUGCUGUGAGGACACGGUGACUGUGAGGGAGCCCCCCGCGCGCCCCGCGCCCCCCGCCAACAGGAUCGUCAGGGGACACCCCACCACCGUCAAGACAUACCCUUACAUGGCGUAUUUAAGUUCAUUUUUUACGAUGCGUGGUCAGAAGCCGCUGCUGUUAAACUGUGGGGGCGUGAUACUCACACAGCACCACGUGCUCACCGCUGCGCACUGCUUAAAUCUAAAAAUCAAUGACACUACAGCUGCUACUGGAACUACCAUCUUGAGGGCAUCUGAAGUUGUCAUUCGCGUCGGAUCUACCUACAAAGACCGCGGAGGCUCAGAGCAUGCGACGUCCAAGACCGUGGUCCACGAGGACUACCAACAUUCGAUGGGUUUCGACAACGACGUGGCAGUGUUGGUGCUGCCGACCAGUGUGAGCAACUACCGGAGCAGCUCGGUGCAGCCAGCCGUCAUCCCCCCGGGGGGGUAUGUGGUCCCGGACAACGCGUCUGUGGUAGCUGUCGGGUGGGGACUGACUGAUAUGAACUGCAACAAGUCAACCCCCCUCGGCCUGCGGCGCGUGGGGCUGCGCACGGUGGACCGAGACACCUGCGCGGCGCGGUGGGGGCAGGAGGUCCCAGAACUCCCCGACUCCAUGCUCUGCGCGGGGCUGCUUGGUGCUGGAGGAGCCGGUAUCUGUAUGGGUGACUCCGGUGGUCCCCUGGUGUACAACGGGGUGGUGGUGGGAGUGGCCUCGUUUGUUAUGACAUGCGACGAUUCCUUCUACCCUCAUGUGUUCAUGCGCGUCUCUAGCUACACCGCCUGGAUCAACAACACUGUAAGUAGUUUAAUUAAAUUAUAG